AUGGUCUGGGGCAGUAUGUUAUCAAAAGGAGUAGGAAAACUUCAUUUUAUUGAUGGAAAUGUGGAUACAAACAAAUAUUUGGCAAUUUUAGAAGAAUUGCUUUUACCAGUGAUGGAAGAAUGUUUGACAUCCGGCCAAGAUUUUGUGUUUCAGCAAGAUGGUGCAGCGUGCCAAAAUAGUGUACCACUUUUGAAAUGGGUUUCUAGCAGUCCAAAUCUGUCACCUAUUGAAACUUUGUGGCACGAGAUGAAAAAGGUUCUACGACAACAUCCUGCUCAAAUAACACAUCAGAGUGACAUGGAAGAUAGAUUGGCUUCAGAUAAAUCAGGUAAAAUCAACAUGACCUUAGUGAAUGUUUUCUAG